UCGGGCCGCGGUGACUCGGUUAUCGGCAAUAUGGCUGCCAUUUCGGACUAUCGUAUUGUUUUGCCUUCGCUGCCUUCCGGAGAGGCGAUGAAGCGUGCAGUGAUUCUGCACUGCGACAUCGCCGGUCGACCCUACAAGAUCGAGGACUUUCGGCAGCCGCUGAACAACGCCGGAGUCAUCCAGGACGUGGGAACCAUAGGUGCGUACCAAAUGUCGCACGUGUGGCUCCUCAACAUGCGGUCGGACGAGGCGAAAAAGAAGCUUCUCGAAGCCGGGCAGCUCAUCAUUAAGGAGAAGACGUGCCUUGUCAUCGACCCCGUAAGGCACGAGCUUCGCGUGAAACUGCACUGGGUGUCUUUCGACGUUACCAGUGACGCCAUACGCCGAGCUUUUGCGGAGUUUGGCGUCGUGAAGGAGGUGACCAGCGAAAAGUGGAGGGUCCCGGGCUUCGAGCACGCCGAGUCGACGACCCGUCUCGUCCGCUUGGUGCUGCGCGAUGGUGUCACGCUAGACCGCAUCCCGCACCAGCUACGCCUCGGCGGCGGCAAUGUUCUCGUGGUAGUCCCCGGCCGCCCGCCGAUCUGUCUCAGAUGCUACACCACGGGGCAUAUCCGGAAGGACUGCCGAGUCCCCAGGUGCAGCGAAUGCCGUGCCUUCGGGCACGUGCAGGCCGAUUGCACCCGGUCGUACGCUCGGGCAGUUGGAAAAGGCACCGACGGAGGAGACAACAACGAGCUCCUCAUGGACGAGGAAGAAGCGGAACGUGCCGCGGCCUCGGAGGCCACAGAGGUCAAGGCCGAAGUUCCGAGAAAAGCCGUUGCUGUUGCUGUGGAAAGUCGCGAGCCCGAGGAGCUCCCGAAACGGGCGUCCUCCGUUUCGGCUGCCCAACAGGAGCCGGUGACCAAGGCCAUCGUCAAGGUCGGGGACCCCGUUCCCGCACGAGGAGAGGACGGCCCUCCCUCGGAGAAGGACCAGAUGGACUUUGACGUGGCGGCGGCAAAGCGUCGACAUGACGAGGUCAGCGGCGCAUCGCAGGAGCAGCAGCUCAGCCAGCUGGACAAGCAGUGGAAGACCGUCGGUGGGAGGGGGAAACGUGUCGCUAGCAAAGCCCGUUCGUCGUCGCUUACACGCGGUGACGGGCAGGCUACGUAACCGACAGCUGAAUUGGAACGCUCGGCA